AUGAACCCACGAGAUCGUCUGGGUAAUCACUACCUGGUAAAUUUCAUUGAACACCGGUCCAACUACUGCCGUGUGUUUCUGGCCAAGACCAAGGACGUUGCUGCACUCAAGUUCAAGCAUUUCCUCGUACAAUUCGAACGCGAGUUCAAUUGCAAGAUUUAUUGUCUACGCACGGAUGGAGGCGAGGAGUACAAGAAUUCGGACGUGUUUUGCAAGGCAACGGGGGUUUUGCGUCAAGUUAGCGAGACCAGAAAUCAAUCAAGCAACGGCAAGGCUGAACGUAUGCAUCGGACUAUCAUGAAUAUGGUACGAAUCAUGGUGUUCGCCUCGAACCUACCCUUGACGUUCUGGGAUGAUGCCGCGGAGUACGCGACGUACAUCCUGAAUCGAAGCAGGACCAAGUCAAACCCGGGUGGAAUAUCUCCAAUGGAGUUUCUAACGAAGAAGGUGCCCAAGUCGACCGACACCAUAACGUUCAAUUCAACCUGCACUAUUUGUGCGGAUGCUUGGAGAGCGCGGAAGGGUGGCUAUUAG